AUGGAAUAUGCCCAAGCUAUGUUUGAGGCAGAAGUACUUUGCAAAGUUUUCGUAAAAAUAGCUAACGUCUGUCAUGUCAUUAAUAUUACCAUCUACUCAAUGAUUUUCGCGUGCCCACUCAUUCAAUUAGAUUUCAAAGUAUCAGAAAUAUAUUUUUUCCCCAUACCUGAACUAUCUCUAGAACAUAUAGUGAAAGAUAUUUAUUUGUCUGAAUUGCGUAUGUUAUUUAUUACCUUCACAUUCAUUUGUCAUAUUCAAAAAGUCUACGAAAGGGAUGUACCAAUAUUUCAAGAUAAACGUAUUAUACUUAUACGUUGUUUGUUAUCAAAUAUCACAACAUACUACUUCUUUUCAAUACUGUAUGCUGUGUUUAAAGGAGAUAUAAUAUGUAAAUGCCACCCAGAAUUACGGAUACUACAAGCGCUAGUGUGUACGUAG